AGGUACACGAUACACGUAGGUAUGUUUGUUUGUCUGGCAUCAAAUGGAUUUUCUUUUUCCACGAGAAGUACAGGUUCAUACCCUAAUCAACCGACUCUAGGCCUAGUCAGAUUUCAAGUUUGCGUACCUCUAACCAACAUUCGUAAAAUGCAUUUGAGUGUGGUCACAGAUCAAGAAUCAAGAAUUUUUAUUUCCAUCAGAUCUCUCUAUUACGUAAUAAAUAAAUCCAGCGGUGAACAGAAGACUGAAGAAGGAACAUCACAGGGGAUGUUCGGGCUGUUACUUAGACCUUUCUACAGCAUUGAUGAAUAUUUGUCUUGGCAGCAACUAGAGUGACUACGUUACAAGUUAAAUCAUCUUUCUACUGCAAG